AUGCCUCCCCCUUCGUCGGCGCAACAAAAGGUGCUACUUGCACAGUUCGUCAACCUUACCGGGGCCACGGAACGUCAGGCGACUCGGUAUCUCAAGUCGACUGGCUACAAGCUCAACGAGGCCGUGGAUGCGUUUUACAUGAACUCGGCCAGUGAGACCAAAGGUCCCUCUCCGUUGGAUGCGAAACUGGACUCUCUAUUCGACUCAUUAAGGGAUGACGAGACCGAUGACAAAGACCAGCUGGAGCUGGAGUCGACCAUGGGCUAUCUGAGCGAAAAGCUCAACGUCAGUCUAGAAAACGCCGAACUGUUUGUAGUCCUGGAACUGGUGCAGGCUCCUAGCGUUGGUGAAAUCACCAGAUCAGGUUACAUUGACGGUUGGAAAUCAAGCGGGGCUGGGGCAUCGCAUCAAGAGCACGCUGCUCAUGUACGGAAACUCAUAUCUGACCUGUCUCGUGAUACGGCAUUGUUCAAAAAGGUUUACAAAUACGCCUUUGUUGCUGGUCGUGAAAAGGACCAGAAAUCCCUGGCUUUGGACAAUGCUCUGAUCUACUGGAGCAUGCUCUUCUCGGCACCUGGCGUGGAAUGGAAGGGCAAGCACGACUGGUUGGAUCUGUGGAAGACAUUCUUGGGCGAGAAGUGGACUCGAUCUGUCAACAGGGACAUGUGGAAUAUGAUCUUGGAGUUCGCCCUGAAGAGCGUCAACGACGAAUCCCUGUCGUUUUGGAGCGAGGAUGGCGCAUGGCCAAGCGUUAUUGACGACUUUGUCGAGUGGUGCAGGCAGAAGGGAAUCGGAAAGCCCGAAACUAUGGAAGUCGAUGGUCAGUGA